AUGAAGAUCCUCGUGGUUGCAGUGUGUGUUUUUACUAUUGGGAUGACAGAGGUGCAGUACCAGCACCCAGAGGAGUGGGAUCUGUGGAAGACGGAGCACGGGAAGAGCUACGAGUCCCAGAGAGAGGAGCUGGAGAGACAUCUCGUGUGGCUCUCCAACAGAGAAUACAUCAACGCACACAACAAGAACUCCCACAUCUUUGGCUACACUCUCGCCAUGAACCAUCUCGGAGACAUCACUGAUUCAGAGUACGAGGGGAUGUUGAACUAUAGAAGUAUGCAGGGAAUGGACCACGGGAACUACACCAAAGUGUUUGAUGCGUCACAUUACUCUGGGGACCUGCCCGACACAGUUGACUGGAGGACCAAGAACGCUGUCAAUGACAUCAAAAAACCAGGUACAAUGCGAGCAUAG